GUAUUUAAAUUCUUUCUUCCGUAGAAUACCUCUUGUGUCCAUCAAACAUUCGCGAACAAGACGUGCAACACCAACAUCAAAUGGGAAUAAAAUUGAUCUGUGGAAUCCAAAUAAUCUUCACUAUGGCUUUCCAAUUACCGUUGGUACUCCGCCACAAAAAUUUGUUAUGAAUCUCGAUACCGGCUCUUCUGACAUAUGGGUACCGUCAGUGAAUUGUGAAACUCCACCUCUAUGUAAAUCGAUAAAUAAAUACAACGCAACAGCAUCAUCGACCCAUAAGCAAGCUGCUGGCAGUCCAACAUUUAACUUGGGCUACGCCGUGGGUGGAUUAACCGGACUUAGAGCAACGGAAGUUGUUUCGUUGGGCGGUUUAACAAUCAACGAUCAAAUAAUUGGAGAAGCUUUAUCUGAACCAACUGAUUCCUAUAAUUAUCCAUUCGAUGGUACUUUCGGUUUUGGUUGGAGUAUUAUAUCAGCCACUGAUCAGAAUUCAACUCCACUUGACAAUUUAUAUGAACAAAAACAAAUAAGCAAACGACUUUUCUGCAUCAAAUUCACUGACCAAACUCAAGCCACACAGGAUGCCAUUCCACCUGGUGGUGAGUUGUCAAUUGGUGGAUGUGACGUUGAGGCAGAUUAUUGGAGACCGCUUUCAGUGGACGGGUUCUGGCAAAUUAAGAUGACCAAAUUAGAAGUUGGCCCAGCAACUGACGGUGGUAAUAAGCUCACUUUGUGUGAAAAUGGUUGUGAGGCAUUAUUUGAUACUGGAAUGGGACCCAUUGGUGGUCCACCAGAUGAAAUUGAACUUAUUACCAAACAAAUUGGAGCCCAUUUCGAUAAACAAUCAAAUUAUUAUAUAAUUACUCCAUGCGACAUCGCAAGUUUGCCCAAUGUUGACUUUCAAUUUGGUGAGGUGACAGUCACGUUGACGCCUAAAGACUAUAUGUUGACAGUGUCGCCCCAGAUUUGCUACACUGGUUUUUCCAAAAUGAAUACCAAAUACCAGAAAGCCGAUUAUCUCUUGGGUGACCCAUUCCUCCGAAAAUUGACAGUCAUUUACGACAAGGAUAACAAACGUCUGGGCUUCGCUAAUUUAAAAUGAUUGAAGAUCUAUCCUUUUGAAGAAACUCAUUUAAGCAUGCAACGUCAACGAUAUUUGGAUAAUAAAUGAUGAGAAUCAAAAACACACUUUUUUUCAAAUCGUCUGUGUAAAGAGGAAACGAAAAACCAUUGUACGCAGAAAAGAUCCAGAUUAUUGUUGCUAUAAUUAUGGUUUGAAUACUCUUUUGCGUGCAUCAGUUGUACGUUUUGCACAGACGAUUCGAUGAAGUCAGUUUUCUAUUCUUUUUUUCUGUAGACACUUUAUAUGAUCACGAUUAUAAAUUCUGUUUUUUUUUACUAAUUUUUUGUAUUUUGCACUAAAAUCCGCUUGAAAAAUCAGUUUACAGUUUCUAUAAUCGAGAAUUUGAUUAAUUUAUGAUUACCAUUUAACGGAAACUUAUUAUAUUCACAUAGAGAAACACAAUAAAUUGCAUUUUUAAAUGAAA